UCGACUCAUCCUAAACGAAUUAUAGGAGAAGCUUUAUCUCGUCUUCGCUCUGCUAAAACCUCUUCAAAAACCCUAAUUCAUUCAUUUUCUGUUAUCACUCUUGCCAGAAAAAAAUUAAACAAAAAUCUUCAAGUUGCAAUUCAUGGCUCUAUCCAAACCCUGUUUCUUCACUCAUUUGAAAACCCUAGCGAAGCCUCACCACAUCCAUCUUCGACAACAAUAUCCACCAAACUUUCUGUCUCUGCGUCUACUCUCUUUCGCAACCCCAGAAGAUGCAGCUGCAGAACGUAGACGUAGAAAACGCCGUCUUCGUAUGGAACCACCAUCAAACUCAUUACGUCAAUCACAACCUCAACGUCGUCCUUUAACACCUAUUUCAAACCCUAACCCUAAUGCGCCAAAACUUCCUGAACAUGUUUCAGUCUUGACAGGAAAUCGUCUCAAUCUUCACAACAAGAUUCUUAAAUUGGUUCGUGAAAAUGAUCUUGAAGAGGCUUCGUUAUACACUCGUCACUCCAUUUAUUCCAAUUGUAAACCUACUGUGUUUACCUGUAAUACAGUUAUGGCUGCUCUUAUUCGACAAUCCAAAUAUGCCGAUUUUCUUACUCUUCAUCGAUUCAUUACUCAAGCUGGGGUUGUUCCGAAUGUGGUAACGUAUAAUUUGCUUAUUACUGCUUAUUGUGAUUGUAGAAAAACUGAUACUGCAUUGGAACAUUAUAAACAAAUCAUUAAUAAUGCUCCUUUUAGUCCGUCUCCAACUACUUAUAGGAUUUUAGUAAAAGGGUUGGUUGAUAAUUCAAAAAUUGAGCAAGCUUUACCACUGAAAGAUGAUAUGAUUGAAAAGGGUUUAAAACCUGAUCCUGCUGUUUAUAAUUAUCUAAUGUUAGGACUUGUGAAAAAUGGGGAUUCAGAUGGUGCUCUGAGUUUGUUUGAGGAGUUGAAGACGAAAAUUGGGGGGUCUGUUUCUGAUGGAAUUGUUUAUGGGAAUCUGAUGAAAGCUUACUUUUUGAAAGGAAUGGAAAAGGAAGCAAUGGAUUGUUAUCAUGAAGCUGUUGGCGAGAACUCUAGUAUUAGAAUGAGUGCUGUUGCUUAUAAUUCGAUUUUAGAUGCCUUGAAUAAAAAUGGGAAAUUCGAUGAAGCUUUGAAUUUGUUUGACAAGGUGUGCUCUGAACAUAAUCCACCAAUGAAGAUAACUAUAAAUUUAGGGACUUUCAAUGUUAUGGUUAAUGGCUUUUGUGCACAAAAGAAAUUUAAGGAUGCAAUUGAGGUUUUCAGAAACAUGGAUGAGAAAAGAUGCAAUCCAGAUACUGUGUCGUAUAAUAAUUUGAUUGAACAGUUAUGUGGGAAUUCUAUGGUGGCUGAAGCUGAAGAGCUGUACAAUGAGAUGGGUGAAAAGGGGAUUAAUCCUGAUGAAGUUACGUAUGUUUUGCUAAUGGAUGCUUGUUUUUCAGAGAAUCGAGCGGAUGAUGCUAAUGAGUAUUUUGGGAAGCUGUUGGAAUCUGGGCUGAGACCUAAUUUGGUUGUUUUUAAUAAGGUUAUUGAUGGAUUAAUUGAAGCAGCAAAAAUUGAUGAAGCCAAGUUAUGUUUUGAUCAAAUGGUAGAGAGAUUGAGCCCUGACGUAUCCUGUUUUGAGUCUAUGCUGAAGACUUUAUGCGAGGCAGGGAAGCUCGAUGAGGUGCUUAAAACAAUUGAUGGCAUGUUGAGUGAUGAAAGUGUAGGUUUGAGUUCAGAGAUGAAAGAAUAUGUAUCCGAUGAACUGAGGAAAGUAGGGAGAGAGGACGAAUUGGUUCAAUUAAUUGAGGCGAAAGAGCGAGAGAAGGAGGAGAAAGAACGGCAAAAGGCGGAAGCUCUUGCUAAGGAAGCUGAGGAAAAAGCAGCAGCAGCGGAAGCCGCAAAUGCUAGGUCUAAGUUUUCCAUUGGGGAUUUUCUGGGUUCUAGUGAUAAAGAGGGUACAGAAGAAGUUCCUCCCGCCGAGGUUGUAGAAGAAGUUCCUGCUGCUGAGGCCGUAGAAGAAGUUCCUGCUGCUGAGGCCGUAGAAGACUCUGUUAAUGGUAAUAACUUAGGUAACGAAGUAAAGACGGCAGACAAAGGAUCGGUCGAGCAGGUAGUUGCAUGAUACUAUGGUUCUGUUGAUUCCUUGCAAAUAAUUAUGAGUAUAGGUUGCCGUUUUAGUUCUCUACUACUUUAUGGAAGCUGCACCCAUGGACACCACAAUCUUAGGGUUCUGUUACUUUUGGAAACUGCUCCCGCUGUAGGAAGAGCCACCAAUUAGUUUUCCUUUUGCGCAUCACACCAUGUAGUCAUCUUUUAAAAGCUUAAACUGCUGUUUCUCUAAUUUUAGCCUCAUUUUUUAAGAAUAUUGGAUGCUACAAAAAUUUCUGAACCAAUGUAGCCCAAGUACAAAAAGAUGCAGAUGUUUGGUCAAUUUAAAGAUUCUGUGAGCAGUGCAGAAGGAUAUAUAGUAAAUAAAAAGAUAAAUACAUCGAUUUCCGUUGUGUCUGGAAUCCCCCUCAUUCGAUCGGAAUCAGUCCUGUAUGGACUAUGGAGGACUCGAGUAUAGUUUUUCUUCAUCAUAAAGAAUAAUUAAAUAUGGGAAUGAUAAGGCAUAUUAUAUUGUCCAGCAGCUUCAUUGAACUUCCACAAGUUUGUUUGAAAUUUUUUUAACUUAUCUGAACGUUGAAGGGAGGUAUUGUCUGGCAACAAAAGUAAAGUUGUGGAAGUGCAAAAAUUUUAGCAUAUCAGAAAAAUUAAGUAGUGGAGUUCUGGACUCUCAGAGGUAGAACUAUUUAUGUUGAUGUCUAUUUUUUUUUAUGUUGAUGUCUAGCAUUCAUAUCUUUUGAGGUCGAGAAUAAAUUACAUUAAAAGUUUAAAACCCCA